CGCAGUGAAAGCAUGAACAGACUUGUGAAAAGACAUCAUGUUAACACUACGACACCUUUGCAUGAGUUUGCACGAAAAAUGUACCUAGUCUUGCAAAAGAGAAAAGAAGCAGAAGGCCGAGAGACCAUUGCAUGUCAGGCACGCCCAGCAACAAUAACAAACUACCCUCUAGAAAAUCAGUUGAGCGGGAUCUAUACCCGUGCCGUAUUCAACAAAUACAAAGAUGCAUAUGUUUAUGGAACAUCUUUCCUUACAAAGAAAGUGGAUGCUGGUCGUUUCCUUGUGGUCUAUGGUAGAGAUGGCCCGUCUUUUUAUUGGUCCCAACAUGAGUUCAAAGUGGUUUGUGAUGAAGAAAAAGAAGACUACAGAUGUGAGUGCAUGCAGUGGGAGCACACAGGAUUGUUAUGCCCACACCUUAUUAUAGUGAUGACAAAUGAGCAGAUUCAGAGGCUUCCUAGCAAGUAUGUGCUAAGAAGAUACACAAGGAAUGCACGGAUUGACCCUCCUUACGACAGGAAUGACACUCUCCAAGUUGGAGCCGAUGGGACGCUAGUUAGCGUGACGCACUUUAAUAUGCUCAGGGAGGCUUUUGCCUGUGUUAGAGCAGGUGACAGAUCAACAAUUGCAUCUGUAUGA